AUGCUGAACAUACUCUCCAAGCUCUCGGUGCCGGUCGCGCUGCUCUCGUUGUUCACCCCAGCGAUUGUCAGCGCCCCAUUAGCCACUCCCGACCUCUCCGCCGCGGCCUUCUCUACACCCCUCCGGAUCCUCCCCCUCGGCGACUCCAUAACCUUCGGCUACAUCAAAGGCGGCGGCUCCAAUGGCUACCGCGAAGAGCUCCGCAAGAAGCUGGUCGCCGCGGGUGCCUCUGUCGACUUCGUCGGCACCCUGACCUCAGGGAACAUGGCAGACAACCAGAAUGAGGGCCACUCCGGCUGGACCAUCAGCCAGGUGCGCAACGUGCUCGGCCCGGCGCUCAACUUCAAGCCCAACGUCGUGCUACUCCACCUCGCUACGAACGACCUCAACGGCGCAGAGACGGCGGCGGAGCCGUUCAGCAAGGCGCCUGAGCGCUUGGGCAAUCUGAUUGACGAUGUGUUGGCGAAGCUGCCAAACGCGGUGGUGUUUGUUGCAAAGAUCAUCCCGACAACAAACUCGUGGAGUAAGGAUCGGUUCCAGACCUACAACGCUGCUCUUCCGGCCGUGGUGAAGGCGCGCGCCGAUAAGGGGUUCAGUGUUGUUCUCGUUGACCAGAGCGUGAUUCCCACAAGCGAGCUGUCGGACUCGUUGCACCCGUCUGCUGCUGGCUAUUCGCAUAUGGGUGAUAUUUGGGCUGAUGCCGUGGUGGUGAACCAGGCUCUUAUCAAGCCUGUGCCGUCUUGA